GCGCGUCUCUUCACAGAUUACACUAAAGCACAGAAAGCGCUUUUCGUGCUCCGGACUUCGUGUUUUCAGGUUUUAUGAGACCAGAAGCAAGUGUUUAGUGUGAGGAACAUGCCUGAGAUCAAACUCAAGCAUGUGGUGUCAUGCAGCAGUGAGGACAAUGUAAGUUUGCGGAGAGCCUCCCUGAGCUCCGACUUCCCGAACAGGGAAAUGGAAAGCUGCGGAGCCCUGCCAGAGAAGCACGUUUCAGUUCAUCUUCAGGUUCUGCUGGUCACGUCGUCCUUCAUGUUCGCCCCAAGAGAGCCCGUAAAACGCGCAACUCACGAAACGACAAACCGCGUGCGCAUUCUUCUCUCUAGCGAUGUAGAGUCGCUGUUCAUAAAGCUGCACUCUCGCCCUACGGACGCUGACGAUGUGCACCCGGCUCGACUUACUCCGAGUUAUUUUAUUUCUCUCUCUGCCUUGUUUCUAUCAGUGUCUCCUCAGAACGAAAGGUGGAGUUAUGCUGCUGCUGCGCUGAACUCUGAAGGUUCGUCCGCACCGUCGUCUUCCAGCAGCUCACAACAGGCUCCUGUGAAGAGGAAGUUUGAGUUCAGUGAAGACGCCGCCGGUCCGCCGCCCAAAAAGCCCAGUUCAUCUGGUUCUUCAGAGGCGAAGCCUGCCACACCGAAGUCUAAAGCAAGAAGCGGAGCAACUGCGAGUCCCGUCACCAGCGCAUCUCCAGCCCAGAACACAUCAUCAGACAAGCGAGAGGGUCCUAAACCCAAGCCAGAGCCCAAACCCAAAUUGAAAGCCAAGUCUGCAGAACCGGUGCCUUUUAAUCGCAUCCUGGAGGGAGUGGUGUUUGUCCUGAGCGGCUUCCAGAACCCCUUCCGCGGAGAGCUGCGGGACAAAGCGCUGGCCAUGGGAGCCCGAUACCGACCCGACUGGACGCCGGACUCCACGCACCUCAUCUGUGCGUUCGCCAACACGCCCAAAUACAGUCAGGUGAAAGCAGCCGGAGGCGUCAUCGUCAGGAAGGAGUGGGUGAUGGACUGCCACAAAACAAAGAAGAAGAUUUCCUCCAAACCGUAUCUCCUGAAACGAGCCGAGUCCAGUUCGGAGAGUGAAGCUGAACAGGAUGAGAGCGAGGAGGAAACGCAGAAAGCGAAAACACCAGAGAAGAGGCGGCUGACCCCAAAAAAGCAGGUGAUUAAGGAAGAAGAGGAGGAUUCUGGAGGUUCAACGGAUGCUGAAGAUCCAGAGGACGACGCGUCUGGCAUGGACACUGAAGAUGAGCUGAACAGGGUGGAGCUGGAGAGCAGGAGGAAGAAAGCAGCAAAGGAAAGCACAGUUCAGGUGAAAGAUGAAGAUCUGUACGGUGGCUCUACUGAUGAGAACACGGAUGCUGAGGAAGAGGAGGAUAAACCCAUCCCCGAACUGCCAGACUUCCUAACAGGAAAACGCUUCUAUCUUUACGGCAAGUUCCCUGACAACCAGAAAAGGCAACUUCAGCGCUACAUCAUCGCCUUCAACGGAGCUGUCGAAGACUACAUGAGCGAGAAGGUCCAGUUUGUCGUCACGAGCGAGGGAUGGGACGAAUCGUUUGAGGAUGCCUUGAUGGAAAAUGGCAAUUUGAGCUUUGUGAAACCUACCUGGAUUUUCGCCAUCAAUGACAGGCAGAAGAUGCUACCGUACCAGCCCUACACUGUCGUCCCUUAAGAGCGAGAUUAAGUCGUCUUGCUCUGAGAUCACAGCCAUCAAUCCCAGCCUUGACCUGAACAGAUCUUAGCCAUCUUAAAGUAAUAGUUCGACUUACAAAUUAAGCGUCGGCCAUCAUUUGCUUGUUCAAAACCUGUAUGACUUUCAGUAUUUUUGUUUCGCUAUUUUGUUAAACAUCUUUUGUGAUCCAUCAUACAGGUUUGGAGGGAUGCGCCAAUGAAUUUUCAUUCCCGUUGUUAAAUUUCAUUGGCCUGUAUCCGUCACAAGUCUUUGUUUUGAUGUUGAAAAAUGGACUUAUGGCAGAUACCAACCCACCAACGCCGAGAUAAAAGACUCUGAUCCAUAUUCAUGACCUGUUUCACCAGCAAUCCAAAAGCUGUUUAUGAAGCUGUUAAAUAUUAAUUGCUAAAGACCUGAACCUGAGUUCCCCUUUAGAUCUGACUUAUGCAGAACAUACUGAUCCAUAUCAUUACAACAAUAUUGCUUUGCUUUUAAGCUUUUUGAAUAUUCAAACAACCAUAUUUAAGAAAAAAAGCACCGGAUAUAAAUACUGCUGUUAAAACAUGUUUUAGAACUCUCACAGUUUUAAUGUUGUUUUGAUGUUUACUUGUUUUAUUUCAGAUUCCUUUUAAAGUGUGUCUCAAUUUUGAUGUCUUUUGUUUUUGUUCAAUAUUAAUAUUUUGAAGUUCUGGUUUGAAGCAAUUGCAGAAUAAAAAUAGUUCAAUUUUA